AUCAAGCGAUGUCGUCGGUGGUUGCGCGGCCGUGGCGCAUGUCACGUCGGUGCUGUGUGUGCAUGAAAGCAGGCGCUGGACUCGCCCACCGGCAGCAUCACCGCUUGCUAUGGACCGCGAAAGCGUGAAGAGGGACUGUUGAAGAAGCGGAAGAGAAGAAGUGGAGGCUGAACGAAGGAUGGGGAAGUGGAUACCGCCCGGGGGUGGAGGCUUGGGGCUUGGGAAGGAUGGGCUGCAGCUAAUAUUGCUGUUCACCACCGUUUUUGCCCUCACUUGGCCUGACCCGCUGCCUCGGAAACUGCGGAGAACCUGGGCGUCGCCGUGCAGGCUCUGGGGGCGACGUGCUCAUCUGACAAGCCCGCGCAGGGGAUGGCGUCCAGCGCGUCUCCUUCACUGGCCGCCCCCCUCACGCCUCGCGCAGCAAAAGUCGUGCAAAAGGACGCCUCCGAGAACGCCCUGCGCGCCCCCAUUACCAAAUCUUUCGCCAGCCCGCGGUGUGCCGCGGUGGUCGGCGAGCAACCAGAGCGCAAAAACUCAACUGACAGGCGGCCGCACUUGGCCACAUCCGCGACGAGUGCGGAGAAUUGACAGGUGAGCGGCCAGCGGGCUGCCGCUUCGAGCAGGCCAUGGCGAGUACGGGCUGGGACUCCCUCGCAGAGAGGUUGGCAAGUUGUGGAUGCGUGGAUGCUUUUUGCCCUCACCGUUCAGCCUCGCUCCAUGCGCAAUGCGCAACGAUCUGCA